UGGAUGUCCUCCUGCUUUUGUCGAUCACUGCUGCGGUGACGUUUGCGUCUGAAUUGCCAUCAGAUACAUCCAGGUGCUCCAACAUGAACCCUGAGCUCUUCAGACUCCUUGAGGGUGAAGCUUUUCAUUUUGUACCUUUUCCCGUGUAUGACUUCGACCUCCCUGAUGAGAAUUUCACAUGGUACAAAAAUAACUCGGAAGUUAAAAACAUUACAACCGAGGAAGAGAACAGCAUACACUACCAUGGUGGAGCCCUCUUUUUCCUCAACAUUAGCUCCGCCGACGCUGGUCAUUACACCGCACGACAAACAAUGCCUUCAGGAAGCUGUCAGCUUCACCACCUCACCAUUGAGGUAUUCAACUCCAGCAGUCAAGGACAGACCAACUAUGGAUCCAUCGACAGCACGGAACCGAACAAAAGGCUGAUAUGUCCAAACCCGGUCAAUAAGACAUGUAAAAUAUUCAAUGGGACCUUAACCUGGUAUAAGGAUGGCAGUCUCAUUCAAGGGGAGAACAAGCGGAUCAUGAUGAUAGACAAUGCCACCAAAGCUCAUGAGGGGAUCUACACCUGCGUCUGUACCUGGACACACAACCACAGAGAGUACAUCUCCUCCGGCUCUCGAAGCUUAAUUGUACAAGAUCCAGUUCUUCAUGAGAAUGUGAUAAUCCUGUCUCCAGUUGAUAACGAGCAACUUGUUGAUGAAGGUUUCAGCAUUAAGCUGAACUGCUCCAUUCUCUGUGGGAUCAAUGUGGCUCAUAAAUGUAAAGCUUCUUGGACGAUUAAUGAGAGGGAAGUCAGCCAGAUGGAUGGAUACCAGCAAAGCAUCAACACAACAAAUACGAUGCCUUCAAAGCACACCUACAGCACUGCAACCCUGACGAUUGAUAAAGUGUCUGCUCAGGAUUUCCGCCAUGUGUUCAAAUGUUUUGGAGAAGGACUGUACUCAUCAGAUUUCAGGGCUGUAACUCUUAAAGCAAGAGAAUCGGCCGUCCCACUCGUGAUUGGAUGCGUGUGUGUGCUGCUGGCCUCUGUGUUUGCUGCCGUGAUCAUUAAGUGUUUUGCCAUCGACUUUGCUCUUUUCUUCAGACCCUUCUUUCCUCAGAGCAGAAACAAAAAAGAUCCACGGAUGUAUGACGCCUAUGUGGUCUACCAGACGGAGGGUUUGCAGAAGGCCGCAGAAGAUCAGCUGUUCUCAUUCGUCACUAGCAGUUUACCAUCCGUCCUCGAAGAUAAAUUUGGUUAUCGGCUCUUCAUCCAUGGGAGGGACGACAUACCAGGGGAGGAUCGGCUGGAGCUGGUGGAGAACUGCAUCAAAGAGAGCAAGAGGCUGAUGGUCAUCCUCACUCCAGCUUCAGCAUCCAACAUCAAAGACAAGACGCCCUUUGAAACACCUGAAACCUCAGUGGUCGGAGGCUUUGACUGCCAGGUUGGGCUCCAUCAUGCACUGGUCCAGAAUGAGCUGAAGGUGAUUCUGAUUCAGCUGGGAGACCCCGGCCCACAAGGGUACAACCACCUUCCUCCUGGCCUGCUGCAUUUGAUCAAGAAGAGCGCCCCCAUUAGGUGGCCAGAGGGCUCUCAAAUACUUGGUUUUCAGAGGUCACGGUUCUGGAAAAGAGUGCGUUACCUGAUGCCUGUCACACCUGCAAAGAACCAGGAAGUGACUGCUUUAGUUUAGGACAGAUGUUAAGUAAUUUAGUUCUGUCUUCAGUCAGCUGGCAUGCCUUGGAUCUUUUUGCAACUUUUUUGUGUUUUGAAGUGUUUUGUCUGGUAUUAUUUCAACUUAGAUAGACAAAGCUUCCAUCCCAGCCCCACACCUAUGAAAGGAAUUGUAUUGAAUUUUAUUUAUUGUAUUUAUUUUUGCAACUUGACUACAUCACUACUUAUGUGUGGCUAAUGUUUAUGAGUAUUUUUUAUCAUAUUAAAUUGAUAACGACUUCUAUGUCUGUCCAGAAGAGGGAGACAAAUUCUUCUUUAUGGAGCAUUCUUCAUCCUUUAAGCCAUAAAAAUUAUAUAUAUUUUUUUAAAACCUUGUGACAUUUCUUUGUUUUUAAAAUUGCCAAAUGUAUUUGUAAAACUAUUUAAAUGAUUCA